UCUAGUUUCUUACAUAACUCCCUCCAACCCCCAUACCCUACCUUUUCUUUCCACCCCAUCACCCUCCUCCAUGGAGCCCCAUCACCUCUCAAAGCCCUCUCCCCAUCUCCAUCACUCCGCCAUGGAAGACCAUCAUAUCCUUCACCGUCAUCACCACGCCCACGUCCACGACCCUGACCCUGACCCUGACCCUGAUUCCAUUUGGUCGUCGUUGUUGCCUUUUCAUCUCUCCGACCCUCAUCAACAAUUCCCUAGCUCCUCAACCCACCUGUUGAUCAGCUACGCUACUCCGAGUUCUAGGAUAGAUACUGACGAAGAGCCAGAAGAAGAGCUUGGUGCCAUGAAAGAGAUGAUGUAUAAGAUGGCCGCGAUGCAACCGGUGGAUAUCGACCCUUCGACUAUCCGAAAGCCCAAGCGACGAAAUGUACGGAUUAGCGAUGACCCACAAAGCAUUGCAGCUCGUCUUCGACGAGAGAGAAUCAGUGAGAAGAUUAGAAUUCUUCAAAGGCUUGUGCCUGGAGGGACGAAGAUGGACACAGCUUCAAUGUUGGAUGAAGCAAUUCGCUAUGUCAAGUUCUUAAAGAGGCAAAUCCGGUUGCUGCAGUCAAGUGAUCAGCCACAACAGCCAAGCACUGACGGCGGAGCCGCCGCUGGAGGGUGGCCUCUUACAUUCCAUAAGGCUGAUGGCUCAGCCUCCUCGUCCACGUCCAUGGAGACUACGCCUGCCAUUAUUACACCAUCAGGAUGGUGAGAUAAUUAAUAUUUACUUAAUUAAUUACAUAAUUAAUUAGAGUGAUGUUUAAAUUAAUAUGUUAGUAAUUGUACCUU